CGCAGGCAUCUGCCGAGCGCGGCCAGAGAGAAAAAUACGCACUCCUACCUAGCAACAACAGCGACGGGAAGAGAGCCUCGUCGAUCUAUUCCAGUAGCUAUCUCCAUCAACGACGCUCCUCGGGCACGCACGGUGUGUGUGUGGUGUGUUGCCGCGGCGCGCGCAAUGUUGCCCGGGUGCGGGCUGUUGGAUUGCCUUCGCCUCGGCGAGCGCGACACGCAUGACGCCGGCCGGACGGACCCCCGCGUCUCGGCCGACCCGAGCGGCGCGUCGGCGUCCGGCGGCAAGAGCGGGCGGGCGAGGCGGCUCGAGUGGGCCGAGGUCGAGUCGGUCACGGGCGGCUUCUCGUCCCGCGUGAUUGGCCAGGGCGGGUUCAGCACCGUGUACCUGGCGUCGCUCACCUCCUCCCGCCUCGGCGCCGUCAAGGUGCAGCGGAGCAGCGAGCGCCUCCACCGCGUCUUCCGCCAGGAGCUCGACGUGCUCAUGUCCGUGCGCCAUCCCCACAUCGUCCGCCUGCUCGGCUACUGCGACAAACGAGAGGAAGGCGUCUUGGUGUUCGAGUACGCUCCCAACGGCGACCUGCACGAGAGGCUACACCGGAGCGGCCAGAAGCGGGCGGCACUGCCGUGGGCGCGGCGGAUGGCCGUCGCGUUCCAGGUGGCGAUGGCGCUGGAGUACCUCCACGAGAGCCAGGAUCCCGCGGUCAUCCACGGCGACAUCAAGGCGUCCAACGUCCUGCUCGACGCCAACAUGGACGUCAAGCUCUGCGACUUCGGCUUCGCCCACGUCGGCUUCUCCGCCGCGGUCCUCCCCGCCGCGGCAAGGGCGUCGGCGCGCCACGUCAUGGGCUCCCCGGGGUACGUGGACCCGCACUUCCUCCGCUCCGGCGUGGCCACCAAGAAGAGCGACGUGUACAGCUUCGGGGUGCUGCUGCUGGAGCUCGUGACCGGGCGGGGGGCCAUCUGCGCAGACACGGGUUGCCGGCUCACGGUCACCGUGGCACCCGUGGUCAGCGAGGGCAAAGUGGCCGACGUGGUGGACCAGAGGUUGGGAGACGCGUACGAUCGCGAGGAGGCCGUGACCGUGGCGGCGCUCGCGCUGCAGUGCAUCAACGUCAGCUCCGGGCACCGGCCGUCCAUGACGGACGUGGUGCGCGUUCUCCAGGAGAAGACGUCGGCGUUGAUCUCCGCCGCUGGACCUAAGCCGGCCAGCAAGAUGGUGAUUUCGUAAAGGUGUACGUACGUAGGGUGUAAAUGCUUAGGUAGGGCACACAACCUUUUCGUCACUUUGUUAUUGUAAAGCGGAUCAGUUAGUAGUUGAACUCCGGUACAAUUUUUGUGAUGUCAUGGAUGGGGUUGCAGGCAUGUAGUGGCACAUUAAUCAAUUCCUCCUGUAGAUCUUACACAGUUGUUUUUGAGAUAAUAAUACACGGAGUACGCGCUUAAGCUAA